AUGGAUGAAUCGUUCGAUGAUCAAGACACUGAAUUCACGUAUGAAAUACCCGAUUGUUUAAUGGAAGGAGACUAUAUAGAGCUUCAGGGAAUCUGUCAUGGAGAACGGAUAAUUUUUGAACUGCUAACUAAAGAGGGCUCUACACAGAAUUUCACUGAUGAACUACCACUACAAAUCACCUUAACCAGCAAUGGCCCAGUAACUGUUAUCAGUCGUAAUAAAAAAGAAAUGGCAAAACAAGAACGAUUUGUGAAGAAUGGGAUUCAAGACAAUAUGCGUUUCGAGUUAUGUGUACAUGCUUCUGAAGAUAGUUACACUGUGAAAUUGAAUAAAGAGGUUGUUUGUGAACAAAAACAUCUUUUGCCUUUGAGUAAGGCAUUCGCACUAUCAAUGCAGGGAAAAGUGGAUAUAUUGUCUCUGGAGUUCAAAGAUAUAUAUUUUGAUGAAGACGAAAUGAACAAUACUGUUAACACUGUUGCUAACAACAGCAGCCUUAGAGUUGAUGAUAUGCAAUCAGGAUUUGUACGUGUUAACGAAUUACGACAAAGUUCAAUACGCAGAAAUGAUCCUCCAUUGUUGGUGCCAACAAGAACAGGCUCUAAACUGGACAAACAAUCGAUAAAAAGUAAAGAUAGUAAUCUAGAAGUUACUGCUUGGAAGACAUCAAACGAUUUAUCUAGAGCAGAUUUAGAUGUUGAUUACAAAGCAUCUACAUUAGAUCGAAAUUCUGGAAUGUAUUCAUAUCGUAAUAGUAACGAAUUUAGUCAAAACUCAGACUCAAGAAUAUCUGCAACAUUGCCCUCUGUAGGCAAACCACCUGUUGACAGAAUAACAGAUUAUGGAAUGGGCAGUCGAGUGACUCUAAAUUCAAAUGAUACACCUCAUAUAAAAGCUAAAACCCCUAUCCCGGGUUCUAGAAAAUCUGCUACUUUAAGUAGUAGCAAAAUUGACCAACUUCAUAAUGGUGAAGGGAGAAGUCAAACAGAUGCUGGUGAUUUACAUCGAGGAAGCUAUUAUGUGCUGGAUGAUGAGGAGCCUGUAAUUCCCAGGAUUACUGCUACAACAUCAACACCUAAUUUACAAGAAAAGAAUAAGAAAAAACGAUUCUCAUUAUUGGGAAAGAGCAGGAAAUCAACAGGUUCUGAGUCUGAUGUUCGUAAGGAUUCCAAGAAAAGCAAAGGAUCUGUACCAGAUAUUAAUUCAAAAUCUGGUGAAGGCGAGAAAAAGAAAAAGGGUUUACAUUUAAAAAAUCCCUUCAAACGUUCCAAGCCGAAAGAGUCGACACCUAAUGCGUCUUCAACAGUAAGUCUGAAUAGAUCUGAACCUAGUUUGGCUGGCCAUGCUAGAAUUCCUUCAAUAAAUGUGUCAACAGAAGAUCGACUGUCGAAAGAUUUGUCUAAAAAGCCGGCACCUGAAAUUGCAGCUUAUCUUCAUAAAUCAAAUCCAUCAACUGAGUUUGAUGCAGUUAACUUAACAGGUAGAAAAAGUUGGUCAGAAGAUGUGCAUUUCAGACCUCUAGCCUUAGGAGUAUACCACAGUGAUGAAUACGAAAACAUUGGCAGUCAUCGUGAUAAGGAAACAUCUGAUCAAAUCCAAAGAAAAUCUCUAAGCAGCCAAAGAAAACUACUUGAAAACUCACCGAGAAGUGAUAUACAUUCUCAUCUAAAACUCAAAGGUCCGGCCCCGGAGAUAGCAGCUGUAAUACAUUCGAAAGAUCUGAGCCCAAAGUUAGGCGAUACAACAAUUACUGAAGGUCCAGAGUCUCACUUUGUAUCAAUUACAACAGUGGAUGGAUUAAGAAAAAAUCCCCAGCAGGUCAGUGGACACAACUCCGACAUAGCGAACUUGAAACUAAAGGGUACAGCCCCUGAAAUAGCGUCCAGUAUCUAUUCAAAGAAACUGAGCCCAAAUAUGGGGGAAACCACACUUACUCAGAGCUCAGAUUUAUCGUAUACACCAGUUUCUACAGUCAGUGGUACAGGUAACAAGCCAUUUAAACCAUCUGGAAGUGCUCCUGAGAUAGCAGCUCAAAUUUACAAAACAAAUAUCCCGAAAAGCUACCUUAUCCUGAUUAUUCUAUAUCUGGUACCAGUGAAAACAAUAGAUACAGUGAACUCAGUAACGGAAAUCAGGCCUCCUCGUAAAGCUAUUUCACUAAGUGAGUAUCUAUCAGAUGCUGAAGGUACAGAAAGCGGAGGCAGUGAUGUGUAUACAGACAACGAAUGGUAUCUAGAAGUAGGUAAAAGUCAAUAUUAUUUCGAUCGGAAACGUUCGUUGAAAAAUUACCGUUCAAAACGAUCAACAAGAUUGGAAAGGGAAGCAAGGCGUCAAAUGGGACUAAACAGAAAUGAUAGUCAAGAGUCAGCAAGUAGCAGCAUCUCAUCUCUUAAACCAACUGAUAGAAAACUGACACCCAAAUAUCGAAAACGUACUGGUGCUAGAAAAGAAGACGUUUCGUCUUGGUUGAAUAGUCAUAACUCACCUCAUGGUUCAAUAUACGUUGACGGUAAUAUAAAGCCUAUGUAUAAGUCGUCUGUGCAAGCAGUGGCCCCUAUGGAACAACAAGUGUCGAUAUAUAAAUGCAUAUUAAAAGAUAUUGAUCAGUCGAUAAGGGGUGAUUCGACUAUUGAAUUACCAUAUCCACUUACACUUGGUCGCAGUGCAGACGUUUAUGGCUACUUCAAAUAUAAUUCACCUGUUCAUCAAUCCUGCCUAGUAAAACUUGGGUUUGCAACCUCUUGUAUGGAGCACGAUGAGUUUGAAACACUUUAUAUUCGAGUAUGGUCAAAUGGCGGUUUAGAUGUAUUGAAUAGUUUGGGUUCCAAUUCAGAAAUAAUUGUCAGUCCAACUAAUUUCUUGCAAUAUACAACAAAUGAAAAUACUGCACCUACCUCUAGUGAGGAACAGAUAUCAAGAUUCCAUUUGAAGUUCAUAUAUCAGAGCUUCUACUUGGCUAUUACUGCGAACAAUCUGUUUACUUUGCUUGUGAAUAAUAUUCUGCCAAAGUCAUCCAAUUAUCAUUUGAAAUCACUUUCUCUUGAGAAUUCUACAAAUGCUGAAUUGGAUAGAUUUGUCAUGCCAAGAAAUUUAAUCCUACCUCUUGUUAUUCGUUCGGCAGACGGAUCUUGUCAGUCAUUUGCACUCAGUCUCUUGACAAAGCUAACAGCUGAUACUAGAAAAGUUAUGAUUGAACUCAUUUUUGAGACAUUCAAAAACCCUAAGGAAGUCUGUCUACAAGUUGUACUCAACUUUGAAAAAAGUUGUUUAAUUAUACAGGAGAAUAAUUGUGAAAUCGAGGAGUACAAAGAACAUGCGAAAAGUGAGAUAGAAUUCAUUCCUGAACAGAUACGUGAAACUCAAGUUCACUGGUUCAAGAACUCACUGAAGAUAUUUUUGAACGCCAAUGAAUCAGUUGGUUGCAGUUUUGAACAGCACAAUCUAUUUAAUCGUUUAUCACAUAUCCGAAUCAGUGGUGACUUUAUGCUCUUAGAUGCACAGCUCUAUCAUGGAUCAAAUGACACACAUCAUUAA